CGCAACCAUUUACCUCCCGCCCGGAGGUCCGCAGCCAAUGACGGGGCAGAAGUUCACUUGCGCUAUUUAAGACGCAUUCGGUCCAAGGUGGCUCAGAUAACAACGCUGCGCGCCCAGCAGGACGGAAGCUACAGUUCAUAGAGUCUACUUCGGUGUGAGACUGACAUUAAUAAGAGGAUUUCUCUGAAAGGAUUUGCGAAGAGAUGAGAGCCUGGCAACUUUGGUUUCUUUGCUUCGUGGUGUUGAACGCAGAUGCGCAAAAAGUAACUUCCUUGGAAGAAGAUCUGACUGAUUCCGCGUUUGGCAACUCCCUUGACCCUGUGAAAGAUUUGUUCGAUGACAAGGAUGGCCGUCGUGGAUCUGUUGCAAAAUUCUCCCUGCGUAAUCCAUCCCAUCCCGACGAUGAUCUCUGCUACAUUAUUCCCGGCCAACCAGAAACCCUAGCUGCCUGCGCCUUCAACAGAACAUCCAAAACCUUCCUGGUGAUCCACGGAUGGACGCUGAGCGGCAUGUUUGAGAGCUGGAUGCCGAAGUUAGUGUCGGCGCUGUAUGAGAGGGAGCGGACGGCCAACGUCAUCGUGGUGGACUGGCUCAGCUCGGCUCAGAACCAUUAUGCAGUCGCAGCGCAGAAAACCAAAGCAGUGGGAAGGGAGAUCGCGCGCUUCAUUGACUGGAUGGAGGAAACCACCAACAUGCCUCUUGACCAGCUCCACCUGAUCGGCUACAGCCUUGGGGCUCAUGUGGCAGGCUUCGCCGGCAGCCAUGCCAGCAAUAAAAUUGGACGAAUCACUGGUCUGGAUCCAGCCGGACCGGACUUUGAAGGUGAACACGCCCACAGGCGCCUCUCUCCAGACGACGCCCACUUUGUGGACGUCCUCCACACCUUCAGCCGGGGCUCCCUGGGUCUCAGCAUCGGGAUGCAGCAGCCCAUCGGACAUGUGGACAUUUACCCCAACGGGGGCAGCUUCCAGCCGGGCUGCAACCUGAGGGGGGCCUUGGAGAAAAUCGCUAACUUUGGGAUAUUUGCUAUCAACGACGCAGUGAGGUGCGAGCACGAACGCUCCGUCCAUCUGUUCAUCGACUCGCUGCUGAACGAGCGGGAACCCGCCAAGGCCUACCGCUGCGGCAGCAACGACAUGUUCGACCGCGGCGUGUGUCUGAGCUGCCGCAGGGGCCGCUGCAACACGGUGGGCUACGGCACGAGCAAAGUCCUCAGGCCUCGCAGCGCUCAGAUGUACACCAAGACGAGAGCCUCCAUGCCUUUCAGAGUUUACCAUUACCAGCUAAAGAUGCACUUCUCCAGCAUUGUGAACACCUCGGAGAUGGAGCCGUCUCUCACCGUCUCCCUGUAUGGAACCAAAGGAGAGUCUGAAAAUCUGGAGCUCAUGCUGGAGGAAAGACUUGAGACAAACAAGACACAUUCAUUCCUUCUGGUGACUGAAGCGGAUAUCGGCGACCUGCUGAUGCUAACGUUUCAGUGGAAGGAGACAAACAGCUGGUCCCUCUCCAACCUGUUAAGGAUGGUUUCCUCCUGGUGGUCUGGUAGCUCCGACGGUGUGGAGGUUCACAAAAUACGCAUCAGAUCUGGCGAGACGCAACAAAAGAUGGUUUUCUGUUUGAAAGACCCUGAUGCACGCAGCCAACCUGGGGAGGUCACAUUUGUUAAAUGUAAAGAUGAGUGGAGGAGGAAACCAAAAAAAAUAUCAAAAGUAACUCUGAAGAACGACUGAUGAUGAAGUAGGGCUGGACGAUAAUCCAAUAACAAUAUAUGUCGAUCAACAGACGUAUAUUGAUGAUAGAAAAAGGGUCAAUAAAAAGUUCAACAGAAGAACAGUUUUCCUUUUGCAUUCUAGCCAAUCCC